GCAGUUUUUUAUUGGCUGUUGGCUAGCUGGCUUUUUAUUGGUCUAAAAUAUAAAUUAAAGCGCCAAUCUCUUUAUUUUUACACGGAAAUUUACAGUCAGUAAAAUUUCGGGCUUACCUUACCAUAAUAUAAUGGCGUGUUAAUUUUUUUGGUGUGAGUGUAGUGUGACAGUCACACGCUAUUUGGAUGCAUUGUUGAUGUUUAAAGUAUAUUGAGAUGUAUGAGAAUGUCCAGAAAGUGAAUAUAAAUCAACAAUAAUUUUGAUGCAUUUAUUUUAAGUCCAAAAUAGGAUGUAUGCCAUUUUGGUUACUAGGCGAAUAUAAUUCAACCACCAUUUCUAUAAAUUUAAUGUGUCCUGAAUUAUUACAUGUAGAAAUAUGUAUGUAGUAACUAAUCUACUUUUUUAAGUUGUCACUUCAAUGAUUUGUGGGAAUUGUGCGUACUACGUCAGCAUAAAUGAAGUAAAUUGACAAGGUCAUGGCCAGUGGUAUAUAAGCACUGAAAUAUAUACUAGUGUUUAUUUACUUGAAGUCAUAGUGUUGUGCACGUUAGGAAUUGUUAAAACGAUUAAAUGAUGUUGCAAAGUACUCCUACUGCGUCUACUUCAAGAAAUAUAUCAUCUUUAUUGUGUGAUGUAACAGCUAUAUUCCAAAGGAUAAUGUUGUGUUGUAUAUUUUAUACAUGGACACAAUUUAAGGAAGCUUUAGACACAUUUAUGAAGGAAUCCAAUACAUCCUAUCGUGUUGAUUCAAGUAAAAAAGAUCGACCCGGUGCUGAUGACUACAAGUUUGUUAAGUUUAAAUGCACUUUUGGAAGUCAUCGUGCUCCCCGAGGUGCUGGCUUUAGGAACAGAGGGUUCAAAAGUACAUCAUGUCAGUCAAUAAUUCUAGUCCAGCGGAAAUCCAACGUAUACAUGAUAACCAAGUACAAAACUGUGCAUAACCAUCCCUGCACAGCAAGUUUUAUGUCCACCGAUGUAUCUAGACGUCGGUUAUCAUCACAAGAAAUGGCAAUUAUCCAACCGUUCAUUGAAAGGAAUACUGAUGUCCAUGAAAUCAUGGAUCUAGCACAUGAGAAGUUCGGAAAAGCGCUCCUGUAUAACGAUAUUAAAAACAUGCGGGCUAAGAUAAAUAAACAAAUUGGUUGUUUGGAAGAGCUGCUUCAUCGACUGAGGCAGACAGGUCCAGUUAAAGUUUUGCAGGACAACGCAGGCUUUGUAUCUAAAAUCAUUUUUGCUCGUAAUGAUAUGAUAGACGUGUAUCAUAAGUUUCCAGAAGUAGUUGGAAUCGAUUGUACUUACAAAACGAAUAAGAUGGGAUGGCCUUUAUAUCAGUUUGUUGUGACUGAUGGAUUCGGAAGAGGAAGGACUGUUUUGUUUGCUCUUACUAGGAGAGAAACGUUUGCAGAUAUCAAGGAGAUAUUGCAAACGUUUAAGAGAUUUAUGGUGGAUACAUCGAAAACAUUAACAUUCACUGUCGACUGUGCAACUGCACAGAUGAAAGCCCUAAAGGAGGAAUUCCCUAGUUGCAAUAUUGUUUUGUGUCUUUUCCAUGUAUGCCAGGCAUUCAGAAGGAAGUUCCCAAACCAGCUUGUUAAAAAGUGGUUGUAUCGAAUGGCGCACACGCGCAGUUAUGACAGGUAGGUUAGCAAAUCAGAGUAUAUUGCCAAAGGUUUUGGCGUUACCUAAACCUCAUAAGUAUUGUAGACGCUGAGGCUGGUGCUUACAUUAGAAGGUACUGGCUAAGAACACGCAAAUAUUGGGCUGCAUCGUGCAACAGGUUCACCAUCAGCAUGGGGAACAAUACUAACAACAGAGUUGAGAAUGCUCA